GUCGUCAUCGUAGUCAACACUCAACGAGUAAGUCAGCCCAGAAACUGUCUCACAAAAUGACAAUGUCGGCGACGAAAAACUGAGCCACUGGUCUUCAAUUUCUUUAUCUUUGCGUUCCAACAUCUUCCGCAUUCAACAAUUCCCUCCAAGACCCUCGAAUUUCAGUCUACAAUGAGUGUCAAGACCUUCCAAUUCCCUUCCACCCAAACCAUUGUCUCCACCGCCGCCUCCGUCGCGGCCUCCGCCAUGCUCUUUCGUUCACUCGCUCGGGAGUAUCUACCUCGCGACCUUCAGUACUAUAUCUACUUCAAAUUGCGAAAACUCUUUGCCUUGUUCUCUUCUGAAUUCGUACUUGUCGUCGACGAAUUCGAGGGCCUUGGCAAUAACCACCUCUUCCAGGCCUUGGAGGUCUAUCUCAGACCCCAGAUUCAUCCCAACACGAGAAGUUUUAGGGUCACCAUGCCCAAGAAGGAGAACAAGAUUUCCGUGGUGAUGGAGAGGAACCAAGAAAUCAUCGAGAAGUUCAAUGGGGUUGAACUCAGAUGGAAAUUGGUUUCCAAAAAUAUCCCAUCCAAGUACAUCCAAGCCCCAAGAUCGGAGUAUUAUCCCUCGAUUGAAAAAUCUGAGCUUCGGUACUAUGAGCUACGUUUCAACAUGAAGUACAAGAAUAUGGUUUUAUCCGAGUACUUGCCGUAUGUUAUGGAGCAAGCCAAGGAGCUGAAGGAAGAAAAAAAAACACUGAAGCUGUUCACUCUGAAAAGGGAGAGGGUUCGCUAUAUUGGAAGGCGUCCGGAAAUGUGGCAGUCAGUGAAUCUUGAUCAUCCCGCAACGUUUGACACAUUGGCUAUGGAUUUGGAGGCGAAGCAGGGGAUCAUGGAGGAUCUUGACAGGUUUUUGCAGAGGAAAGAUUUCUAUAGGAAAGUUGGGAAGGCUUGGAAAAGGGGAUAUUUGCUGUUUGGUCCUCCUGGAACAGGGAAAUCCAGCUUGAUUGGUGCAAUGGCCAAUUAUCUCAACUUUGACAUAUAUGACUUAGAGCUCACUGAUAUUAGGCGUAAUUCUGAGUUGAGAAAGUUGUUGAUUUCAACUGGGAAUCGGUCCAUACUUGUAGUGGAGGACAUUGACUGUUCCCUUGAUCUCCAAGACAGGCUUAAAAAAGCCAAAAAGCCCAAAGUUCCAGGUUACUCAUAUGAAGAUCAAGAACCAAAGGUGACUUUGUCGGCAGUGUUGAACUUCAUAGAUGGGUUGUGGUCAAGCUGUGGGGAUGAAAGAAUUAUAGUGUUUACAACAAAUCACAGAGACAGACUAGACCCUGCUCUGUUGAGACCUGGACGUAUGGAUGUUCACAUCCACAUGUCAUAUUGUAGCCCAUGUGGGUUCAGAACGCUAGCUUCUAAUUACCUUGGGAUUACAGAGCACCCUCUCUUUGUUGAAGUUGAAAGGCUGAUGAAGACCACCAAUGUCACUCCUGCGGAGGUGGGUGAGGAGUUGCUGAAGAACGAGGACUCUGAACUGGCCUUGACAAGCCUCCUGGAUCUGCUCAGACAGAAGGCUGGGCAAAGCCAUGAACCAGAGUUACUCACCCCCAUCUGAGAACUACACACAAAGCAACGGAAGGAUCUAAAAGAAGGAAAAAUUUAAGAAGAUGAAGACUCUACACUUUUUUAAUGUUAGUCUCACGUGAUAUGUGAUAUUCUGAUUUCAGAUAAAGUUUGCGUAUUUUGGUUAAUUACACGAAAAUAAUGAAGGUGAACAUGACAUUUCACAAUGUAUAAAUAGAAUGUAAUGAACAAACGAAGAAAAGGGUAAUACGAGGAUUCGUUCGUGUUU